AUGACUAGAUAUCCAUUAGCUUUCCGCCUUUCGACCACAGCUCAAGCCACUGCCACUAAAGGCGCCAAAGCUCAACGUAAACGAGACCGUUUUACUCAAAGUAUUUUUAGGAGAUUCCACAGAGUCUCCAAUAAAGUUGGAUCCUGGUUCCAUAAAUCAGAGUCCAAAGUAACCUUUGCAGGUUCUUCCAGUAGUUUGGAACUUGCUGAAAAGCAUGCCACUGCUCAAUUGGUCAAGCUGCCAACAGAGCAAACUGCUUUGCUGUUAAUGAAGCAGAUGGAGAAGUUGUACCUUUCCCCAGGUUCAGGUUCAGACUUCUCUGAAACUUCUACAUUAGCAUCUACACCUAAAGAGUUCCUCAAGGAGAAGACUAACCUUCCAGUUUUGGUCUCCAAGUGCCUUUGUGAGUCCCCCAACAAAGGAUACGCUUACUUUGCUAUACAAGCCAGACAAACCGCCAAAAUGAGCCAGAAGCUUCUCACCUGGGAGGAGCCCCAGGUUGAUGAGUGGCAGGUUGUCAAGUCUAGACGCCAAAACAGGAAGGUUGAAGUUUCUCUCUCGCCAGCUCCUGUUGUCAUCCCAAGUACUCUCAAGAAGAUGACAAAGCAGCAGAAGAUUAAACUUGGCAAGUCCAAGGAACCAAUCUUCGACACCAGCAAACACAAGAAGGUGAACAUCUACGAAUGCCUUCUGGAUUAG